AAGCUGUUGAAAUCUACAAGGUUCAGGUGAAAUCUAUUUUCGAAUCUCUCACAGAAAAGGAAUCAGACAUCCAGGAAAAGGAGCAGCAACAGAAACGGAGCAUUUCUGGAGUUCAGGAAAAGUCACACAACCUCCAGUCACAUGUCACAUCCCAGUUUGCUGAACUGCACCAGAUUCUCACUGAGAAAGAGCAGCGCUUACUCGGAGAUAUCCGGGAAGAAACGGCGAAGAUUGUAAAAACAAUGGAGAAAAAUCUUCAAGAAAUUCAAGAGAAUUUAAAUUCAAUUCAGGAGGAACUCUCAAAGUUACAGGAACAGAUAGACCACAAGGAAGGCGUGAUGUUUCUGAAGGAGGAAGCUGGUCGCAAGAGCAGGGUUAGUGAUGAAACCAAAACAAUGUUGGUGGUAGAUGGCGCGUUGCCCAUUGAAAAGUUUGAUCGCACCUUUUUCUACAACAUGGCAUUGAGAGAAACAUCUGAUAUCAUCAACCGAGUCUCCGUCAUCCUGGAUGUGGAAACAGCGCAUGCGCAGCUCGAGGUGUCUGAGGAUCGGAAGAGGGUGAGAUGGACCCGGACCGUGAGGAGUCUCCCUGACACCGGGAAGAGGUUUACAUACUGGGAGUGUGUGCUGGGAUCGGAGGGAUUCACAUCGGGGAGACAUUACUGGGAGGUGGAGGUGGCGGGGAGUCGGUACUGGUGUCUGGGAGUCGCCGCAGAGUCUGUGGAGAGGAAGGGAGAUGACGACAUGACCCCGGAGACUGGAGUCUGGAGCAUCGGGCGGUGGGGUGACGUGUUUAAUGCAGAUACCGACCCUCGAUCCCCUCUCCCCGCCCGUCCCAUCCCCGAGAGGGUGGGAGUUUAUCUGAGUUACGAGGCCGGGGCAGUUUCAUUUUACGACGCGGACACCAAGUCCCAUCUCCACACCUUCACUGGGUUGUCGUUUACACUAGACCUCUACCACCGACCUCUACCUCCGCUACAUUGA